AGAUGAAGCUCCUUGAUAGGCUGAGAUUAUGAUGCUUUCAAAUGCGUUACAUUAUAUGAAAACAUACAUCAAAUGAUAUAAAAGACGGUUCAAUUUUGAAGAUAUAUCGAUCAAAUUCUCACCAACAAUCCACUCUUCUCUUCACUUUAUCAAACAUGCGUUUCAACUUCAAACUACUUUUGGCUCUCUCGGCAUUGGCCGCUGCUGCCAGUGUUGCAGCUCAAGAUGCAGGGACGACAGGUAUGGACGCUAAACCACCAGCACAACCAGGUCCUGACGCAAACACGACGCCAGCACCUGCCGGUGCACCUCAACCUGAUCCUAACAGUCAACCUGCCCCUACUGAUCCUAAGCCAAUGCCUGCCGACAAAGAACCCAAAAAAGGCAAGAAAGGUCAUCAUGCAAAAGUUAAGAAGCCCAAGAAGCCCAAAAAGGAAAAGAAGCCCAAGAAAGAAAAGGACCACAAGAAGCCCAAGAAGGCAAAGAAACCAAAGAAGGAAAAGAAACCAAAAGAUCCACCAGCCGCCAAGGAACCCGUUCCAGAACCUGGUGCUGAUACUCAAGCUGGUACUGAUACGACUGCCACCCCUCCACCAGGCAAAUAG